CAGGUUUUUCGAAAAUUGGGCCCAAAACCCAGUCACAACAAACUUACCCCUCAAUUUACACCCCAUCCCACUUUUCUAAAACAAUUUCCAGUAAAAACCCGCCAGGAAUCACAAGAAUCGUAAACAGGGUGAAGUUGGCGGCCACGCAUUUGUGCAAAUAAACCGUUUUGGGGCGCAAUGACUGACGAAAAUAUCUUCCUGUUUGUGCCAAACUUGAUCGGCUAUGCCCGCGUUAUUUUGGCCAUUAUUUCCUUCUAUUACAUGCCUUCGAACUACGUAAUCGCGGUGGUUUGUUACGUGGUGUCUGCCCUUUUGGACGCUUUCGACGGGCAUGCCGCUCGAUAUUUCAAUCAAAGUACCAAGUUUGGGGCCAUGCUGGACCAGCUGACCGAUCGCUGUGGCACAAUGGGGCUGUGUGCGGUCCUGGCGCACCUGUACCCCGACUACAUGUUCUGGUUUAUUGUCUCAAUGUGUAUCGAUAUUGCCUGUCAUUGGAUUUAUUUGCAUGCAUCGAUUUUGCAAGGCAAGGCCAGUCACAAGUUUAUUGAUAUGUCGGAAAAUCCAAUUAUGAGCAUUUAUUACACCAAUCGGACGGUUCUGUUCUGGAUGUGUGCCGGAAAUGAGGCGUUUUACGCCGCUUUGUACUUACUGUACUUCACCCAAGGACCCACAAUUAUUGGGAUUUCGCUGUUUAAAAUCAUCAUCUACUUAUCAGCGCCUGUUGCCAUCGUUAAGUCGGGGAUUUCCCUCCUUCACCUCGUUGUAGCUUCCAAGAAUAUUGCAAUUAUUGACGUAAAUGAACGUAAGGCCCUUAAAAAACACUAAAAAGGGGGCAAAUUCUCAACAAAGCCAAAGAAAAGUCUCGUCUUAUUUUUUUUUACUUGUUUCCAAUCUACAAAAAGGCGUUAUUAAAUUUAGAAUUUCAGAUUGCGCGGGUCGCGGUUGCGUAGCAACAACCAAUGGCGUCGCCCGGUUUGGGCGCCUAAUUUAAAUCAUGAACCUCGUUCUUUAUUAAAUACCAGAAAUACAAAAAACUUAUAUUCGAAUAAAUAAAUUAGUUUAGUCCCUAACAA